AUGGAACCUAAGAAUCACAGCACCAUUAGAAGUAUUUUGAAGAAAGAACAAGAAAUUAGACAACAAUUAAAGAAAGUAGAAGAAAGAUUGGAGAAAGCGGAGAAGAAGUUGGAGGCCUGGGAAGAGGGGAAAUAUGAAGGAAAGAAGUUGAAAGAGUGGGAAAUAGAGUUAAUGGAGGGUAACUUAACCGACUUUGCAGAAGGGAAAGUUGCCAACGAACAAUAUAUUCAGGAAAAUAAGGAUUUGAAAUAUACGAUAUUCCUUCUUGAGUUAGCCAAUACAAGAAAUUCUGUCUCUCUAUACAGACAUGUGAGAGAACAUGGAGACGUCCAACUUUGGCAAAUCGAGGAGGAUAUAAUACCACUAAGAGGGGCUGGAAGCAAUGUAUUUAAUCAAUACCGUGAUGCUCCUGCUCAAGGAUUAAGUGAAAUUAAUGUAAACCAACCAUUUUGUAAGAAGGUUGUGAGUGAAAUCAAUGAAAUCGUAAAUCAGAUACACGGAGAUGAUUUACUUGUAGUUGGAGAUAAUGGCGGCCAAAAAGAAGAUGAAGUUUUCCUUGAUAUCAUAAUUGGCCCUGUCGGUUUCUACUCAGAAUUGACAAAAAACACACCUAAUUUAUCAAAGGGUUUGGGUUGGGAAAUCAAGAAUAAUUUAAAUGAAAAAGCGAAGGCAGAUCCACCUCUAACAAGCAUUUUCUAUGGAUGUUUAACGGAUGGGAAGCUUUGGCAAUUUGUGAGAAUCCAACUUAUAUUAAAUGAUAUUAAUAACCUAAAAGUGAAGUUUGAGGAAAGUCUCAAUUAUGAAUGGAGUGAACACACGGCAUCAUUUAUUGCUGGUCUACUUAAUCAUUACCAUAAUGACCUGUCAAUGAGAGCUUCUGGCGAAAAAAAAGAAUCUCGAAAUAAUGAUGAAACAUAUAUGUAUAGGAAUAAGUCAUCAAUUUCUUCUGAAAGUCUCUUGGCUUCUUUCAUUGAAGAGGGUAUCUAUAUCAGAUUAAACUCCGGAAAUUAUAUCCAUGUGCAGAUCACAUCUCACCUUGGAACUGGAAGAGAGUGUAUAGUUUUUUUGGCACAAGUACGUGAUUAUGGAAUAAAGGAUGCCGUUUUGAAGAUUGAAGUUUGCAAAGACACUAAAAUCUCUCAAGUUUACCGUGAAAUAUCAGCAUUGCAUGCCCUAGGUGAUCUCCCUUGUGUUCCCAAACUUCUCUUCGAGGGUUAUACGACGGGAGGAUCCCUGGCUUUACUAACUGAUUUUGCGGGGCAACCCCUGGAAUCAUGGAUUUCUGAUAACGAUGUGGCCAUACGAAACGUUAUACAGAGAAAUGGCCAUUUCUAUCUUAUUGAUUUCGGCCUUGCAACUCUGUUGCAACUUCACUCCGAUCCAUGUCAAGCAAUUAUUCAAGACUACAGCAGAUUGUGUCAAAUAAUUGGAAUUAUUAAGUUUGGAGAGAAAAUGUCGUUUUCAGAAUUAAUAGGCAAGUUGAAGGGAGAGCUAAAAUCACUUGUUGUGUUUGUUGAGGAUGUGAGUAGGUGGAAAAUAACUGAUGAAGGUAAGUGGUUAGAAAAAUUUGAUGCUAAAGUUAAACAUUCUUAUGAGAGAUCAUCUAGGAAGGCAUUGUUGGAAAUAACGGAAAAUAUUAAAUAUUUUCACGAAUUAGAUCUUUUCCCGCGAGGUCUACAUAUUUUAAAUUUGUCUGAUAGUAAUGUUGACCAUAUCAUUGCUGGAGUCUUGAGAGCAGAACGAAAUGAAUUAUGUUUAUGGAGAUCUUUGCAUAUCGAAUAUUAUGAUUUCGAAAGAUGGAAAGCAGAUUAUGAUAACUGGCAUCCAGAUGUAAAAGAGGGUGGAGAAAUUAAGAAAGCUCAUGACUUACUUUAUUAUGAGAAAAUUUUUAAUACCUCCGAUUACCCGUAUAUGAAAAAUUCUAAUUACAGCGGUUCCACCGAAUAUGAAAAAGCAAUGCAUUUCUUGGAGGUAGGUUGCGAUUGUGAUUGUUCACAAAUGGUUCCAAAAGAAAAGUUUGCCGAAUUACGUGAGGCGUUUCAAGCUCUCUCUAGAUCCGAACAAGAUAUAUUUUUUAAUGGCCCAGCUGAAGGCAAUGAAUGGUGGAGAAAUAACUGCCAGCUGACGUCUUAA